AUGUCAGCCACACUAAAGGAGGAAAAGAACAAGAGAAUAUUGAAGGAGAAGAAGAAUGUGAAUGUUGAGGUUAAGGAGGAAGACAAUGAUGAUAACAAGAUUGAGGUGUUGGUGUUUAAUAAAAAGAAGAAUGUGAAGGAUGAGGAAAACAAAGAGAAGAUUGAGGAAGACAAUGAUGAGGAUGUGGAGAAGGUGAAUAUAGAAGACAAGGAUGAGGAUCUGUUGGAGAAGAAGGAUGAGGAACUGGUGAAUGAGAAGGAUGAGGAUCUGUUGGAGGUGAAUGUGUUAGAGGAGAAGGGUGAGGAACUAGUGAAUGAGGAAGAUUUGGAGAAGGUAAAUGUGUUGAUUGGGGAUCUGGUGAAGAAGAUUGAUGAUAUGGAGAAGUUAAAUGACAUGAUUGAGGAAGAUGUGGUGAAUAAGAAGAUUAACAAAGACAUAGAUGUGGAUAAGGUGGAGGAUGUGGAAAAGGUGAAUGAGAAAGAUAUGGUGCUGAAGGAUGAGGAUCUAAAGAAGGAUGAGAUUGAAGUUCUAUUGGUGGAGAAGGAUGUGGAUCUAGUGAAGAAGGUGGAGGAUGUGGAGAAGGUGAAUGAGAAUGAUGUGGUGCUGAAGGAUGAGGAUCUAGAGAAGGAUGAAGAUGUGGAUCUGGUAGAGAAGCUGGAGAAGAAUCAGAUUGAGGUUCUAUUUGUGGAGAAGAUGGAGGAUUUGGUGUUGAAGGAUUAUGAUAUGUUUGUGGACAAGAAGAAGGUGUAG